AUGAAACUGACCUUGAGCUUGACUGCCAUUGCGGCCUUUGGCCCAACUCUAGUCCGUGCUGCUGACAUUGGCAUGUGCUCGGCUCAAGCAAUGUGCAUAGACUUUACCGUCAAGAAAACGAGCGAGUGCUUCGGGGAAGACUGUGGUAUUCAGGUCUGCAUGAUCUUGGAUACUGAAAAGGAAGGCUGUCCCAAGGAAGAAAACAUCAGUCACUUGUGUUCCGCCAGUUCGGGUGGAUGCGCCGCAUACGAUAGCGAUGGAGUGACACCUCUCACCGGAAAGGGUACUUCUUCUGACUGUACCAGUACCACCUUUGAUGGCAAGUGCGAGCCUGAGGAAUAUGGUGGUCAGAGAAGGAUUAAAAUGUGCCAAGAGGGGAAGCCAGGAGAAAAGCUCUACUGGGCACUCAAGGAUGCAGAUGUCGCUGAUACAGGAUCUUAUGAUUACACUGGUGUCUUCCCCUUUGAUAAUGAUGAUACUACUUGCUCACCAACGGUUAAAUGUUUGGGAGAUGGGCACUCCUUGGAAUGUGCAACUCCAAAUAGUGAUAUGUCUUCAUCUACCCGUGUCUGGGAAUAUACAAUCCCUGCCGAUGACGGCACUGCUUGCGAUAUGUGUACGGGUCCGACACCUGAUCCACCUUUGUCAACACUACCACCAACUCCCUCCCCACCACCAGGCUCUAACAUUCAACCUACACCUGGAGGCAACGGAGAUCCUCACUUCCGCACAUGGAAGGACGAACAUUUCGAGUUCCAUGGACAGUGCGACAUUGUCAUGACCAACGUCAAGGACUUUGCCAAUCAGUCCAUUGAUCUCGAUAUUCACCUUCGUACUAGCAUGGUCCGACACUGGAGCUACAUCAAGGCCGCUUCCAUCCGUAUUGGAAACGACAUCCUUGAAAUCCAAGGCUCGGCUGCCAAGGAAGAUGGCGAGGAGAAGCGUCAUCACUGGAUCAACUUUGAGUACCGUGGGGAUAUCACGGACGUCGGUGGCUUUCCAGUCACCAUUAGCCCACGCAACAACAAGUACAUGAUUGAUCUCGAUAGUGUCUACCCAGGCCAAAAGAUUGAAAUCAUGACCUACAAGGAAUUUGUUGGGGUCAAGAUGAUCGGAGCUACUGAAGAAUCCUUUGGCAGUGCUACCGGUAUCAUUGGCGAUUUCAAGACUGGUAAGACCUAUGCCCGCGAUGGAGUCACGGAGCUGAGCGAUUUCAACGAAUUGGGUAUGGAAUGGCAAGUCUUGCCAAGUGAUGGCAAGUUGUUUCAUGAACUUGCUCGUCCUCAAUUUCCAGAACGAUGCUACCUUCCAGAAGAUCCCCGUGGGGAACGUGCUCGUCGCUUGGAUGAAUCAAGCAUAAGCGAAGAACAAGCGGAAGCUGCUUGUGCUGGACUUGAAGACAAGCUGAGUCGCAAGGAUUGUCUGUAUGACAUUCUUGCCACUCAAGAUUUGGACAUGGUUGGCGCUUACUAA